AUGUCGGGUGCAGUUGGCCGUGAGCCUGUCUUUCCGACUCGCCAGUCGCUGGGGUUGAUGAAGAGCAAACUGAAGGGGGCGGAGACGGGCCACAGCUUGCUUAAACGUAAGAGUGAAGCUUUGACAAAACGUUUCCGGGAGAUCACACGCCGGAUCGAUGAGGCAAAGCGCAAGAUGGGCCGGGUGAUGCAGAUUGCCGCUUUCUCUCUCGCUGAAGUGAGCUAUGCUGUCGGUGGAGAUAUCGGGUACCAAGUGCAAGAGUCAGCCAAGCAAGCUCGAUUCCGAGUUCGAGCCAAGCAAGAGAACGUUUCGGGUGUAUUCCUUCCGCAAUUCGAGAGUUAUACUCAGGAAGGCGUCAAUGACUUUGCCUUGACUGGACUCGGAAAGGGAGGACAGCAGAUUCAGCGAUGCAGGGAGACUUAUGCGCGGGCUGUGGAGACAUUGGUCGAAUUAGCCAGUCUUCAGACCGCAUUCUUGAUCCUGGAUGAGGUGAUCAAAGUCGUCAACCGAAGAGUUAAUGCAAUUGAGCACGUUAUCAUUCCUCGGACUGAGAACACGAUCAAAUACAUCAAUUCCGAGCUCGACGAACUUGAUCGUGAAGAGUUCUACCGCCUCAAGAAAGUCUCUGGUAAGAAGCAGAGAGAUACCGCCGCAGCCGAUGCCGAAAUUCUUGCGGCCCGAAAGAAGCAGGAGGCUGAAGAAGCGGCUGGUGGCGCUGCACCUGCGGAGCCAGAUGCUCCCGACGUUCUCGGGGAGAAUGAGGACAACGAUGUCAUUUUCUAA